UCAUCUUUUGACGUUGACGAGCAAUUGAACUCGCGAAGGAAGUGCGACGGAUAGCUAUAUUUAUGUCCUUUAAGACCAGUCAUCGGUUAAAUCUCUAAAUCAUGAAGUCCAAUCAUUCAAUGUUAGUUCUGUGGCUAGUCGCUAUUUUACGUGGAGUUUCUGGAGAAGCAGAAAUUCUUCUCAAGGAACCAACUAAAUCAGACCUUUGGUAUUGGACUAUCUUUAAAGAAGGUAAAGGAGGUGCAGGGUGGAACCAUCCUUCAACUCAAUCACUGGCUUACACAGUCUGUGAUGUCAGUAACACAAAGGAGGAACCAAAGAGUUGGUUGCUAACAGAAUUUAUUGACAUCAAGAAUGCUAAACGACUUGAUAUUGAAAUAACUUUUGGCCUUCUUAACUGCUCCUUAGUUGACGUGGGGCCAUUCUGCAGAACAAACUUCUCCCUUUAUUCUUAUCAUACCGAUAACAAAUUAGCUGCUCCUCCCAACCCAAAAAUAAUAAAUUUUCACAAAGAAACUGUAAUAACUGCAAAGAAUCCUCGUGGGCCUAGAGAGGAAACAACAGAAACAUUUUAUGGGUCAGUGGUAACUAAAGAAAAGGGAAUUUAUCUGGCGUUACUAGACCAAGGAGCCUGCUUGACAAUAAAGAAGUUUGUUGUAAGAUAUCGUUACUGCUCUGAAAGUGGUGCUACUUUGGUUAAAUUUCCAAGAACAGUUGCCCCAGCAAAUGAUAUCAAUUUCACCAAACAGGAAGGAGAAUGUACAGACCCUAACUCGCAUAAAAGUAGCAAUGGAAAGUUGUUUGGUGUGUGUCUUAGUAUUGGAGAAUGGAACAUUACAGGUAACUCUGCCUGCUUUUGCAACAAUGGUUAUGAACUCAUCAAUGGAUCUUCAGACUCUUUGGCAUGCAAAGAGUGUCAGAUUGGCUUCUACAGGAAUGCUGAUAGGAUUUCAAAAUGUCUCCCUUGUCCUGCAAAUUCAGCAUCUAAUACAGGUAGAACUGGUUGCACAUGUGAUAAAGGUUACUACAGGUCCUACAGGUCAUCUGAUGAGGCAGAUUGUAAAGAGUUGCCAAAAGCUCCACUCACAGCUAAUGCUACUGUGGUCAAGGCAACAGUUGUUCAGAUCAGUUGGCAACGUUCACCGGAUGAUUUUGAGAAUGACCCAUUAACAUAUGCUGUAGACUGCUUUAAAUGUAAGUCAAAAGAAGACAAGAACUGCAGAGAGCCGUGUAAUUCAGGCAUAGAAUAUUCACCAAGUAAGGAAAAUAUCAGUGGUGUUGAGGUGACCAUAAACGGUUUACCACCAUCCAGUUACUUUCUGUUUCGAGUUUACUCAGUGAAUGAGUUGAAUCAACGGCAACAAAACAGAGAUGAUUGGAACUUUGCUAAAGUUUUUGUCAAGACAAAAGUGUCAACAACUCAUCCAACUGAAGGGGAAACAGGUUCCUCAAAGACAGUGCUCAAGAUGGUGUUAUACAUAGCAGUUCCUAUAGUGGCUGUCUUGGUCUUUUUAGCUGUUCUUUGUGUUGUCUGUUUCUGUAGGGGAAGAGAUAAAAAAGGCUACUUAAAACCAGUUGAGUUGAGAGAUGGGCAAGUGAUUUUACCAACGAGAGGCCAGAGACUUUAUAUUGAUCCAAGUAAUUACGAAGACCCUGAGGAGGCUUUGAGAACGUUUGCCAAGGAACUGGACAAGAAAUGGAUCACUUUGGAACAUAUUAUCGGUGGAGGUGAAUUUGGCGAUGUAUACAAAGGAACUUUGUCGAGACCAGGAGAAGAUACCAUCCUUGUUGCUGUCAAGACGUUAAAGACUGGUGCUCUUCGUAAGAACCGCCAAGACUUUAUCGGCGAAGCUUCCAUUAUGGGCCAGUUUUGUGACCCGAAUGUCAUCUUUCUCGAGGGUGUUGUUACUAAAACCUCACCCAUGAUGAUCGUGAUCGAAUUUAUGUCCAAUGGUUCUCUCGACAAUUACCUCAAGAAAAUGGACGGAAAACUUACAGCGCUGCAGUUGUUGGGAAUGGCGCGAGGUGUCGCAUCAGGAAUGAAAUAUCUCUCCGAAAUGAACUUUGUUCAUAGGGAUUUGGCUGCACGCAAUAUUUUGGUAUCAGAGGGUUUGGUUUGCAAAGUAGCAGAUUUUGGUUUGUCUAGAGAGUUGGAAGACUCAGCUUAUGAAACCAAGGGAGGCAAAAUUCCUGUCAGAUGGACGGCAUUAGAGGCAAUUGAGUACCGUAAAUUCACUCCAGCCAGUGACGUUUGGAGCUAUGGUGUCUUGCUAUGGGAAAUCAUGUCAUUUGCCGAGAGACCUUACUGGGACUGGGGUAACUAUGAGGUCAUGGAACGAGUCAAAUCAGGUUACCGUCUUCCACCUCCAAUGAACUGCCCAAAGGUCAUUCAUCAGGUCAUGUUGAACUGCUGGAAUGCUGAACGGAACAAGCGACCGAAGUUUUCAGAAAUUGUGAAGAAACUCGACGUCCUGAUUCGAUCUCCUGAUAAACUCAACGAAGAUACUAGUACAGUUCCCAGGUCACCCAAGAUGGAAUAUACUUCCAUGACAACAGUGCAAGAAUGGCUGGAGAGCAUCAAGAUGGGACAGUACCAUGACAAGUUCAACAAAGCAGGCUUCACGCACCUUAACCAAGUAGCCAAUAAUGAUGAGCUCGACCUCAACGAAAUGGGCAUUAAGCUCAUUGGUCACAAGAAUAAAAUUCGCAAGAGCAUAAGGGAAGUGAAGAAAACCUUGGACAAAGAUUCCCUUCAAGUUGUCUAACUCUUAGCGUUGAAUUGGUAACGAGCCAGCUACAUUUUUGAGUCGGACUGUAAACAAGGGCAUGCGCACAAGUCAACAGCUAUGGAUAAGUAUAUCAUUCAAUAGAGAUGGACAAGUACACAUAAACGAAGACGUUUGUUUAGAGUUUUAUUUUCUGGUGGAACUAAAUAUGAGAAUUUAAAGAUUUUCCUGCAUUUGCUUUUAGAAAAUGUAUCUUUUAAGGAUUUUAUUCAAUUCAGAACAGGCUCGUGACGUAGGUGUAAUGUUAUUAUUAUUAUCAUUAUUCUUAUUAUUAUUAUUAUUACUAUUAAAAUAACUCUUAUCUUUAUGUAAUUACCAUUACCGGAUCAUUGUCAGUGUCUGAGCAACUGGGCAACUGCCCCUCCCCUUACACAACAUUAAUUUAAACUUGUUAUCAGUUCACUGUUGUUGGAUAAGGGGAGAAAACGGUGUGCAUUUGCCCAGAUAGAUCUUACUGACAUUGAUUCCAACUAUCUUCUCUAUAACGACCCUUCUUCUUCUGGCGAACAUAUAAGUAGACCAGCGAGCUCAAUGCAUUAAACUUAAAGUGCGUCAAUAAUCGAUUUAAUCAGCAGAUAGCAUUGCAUUGGGAAGUAAAAAUUUUGCGGGAGAUAAUUAUACUCAGUAUAAUUUCCAAUUCCGCACUUUACUUCUUAGCAUUUGGAAUCGGUGUGAUAAGUUGUGGAAGACUCAUGUCUCUCUCAAAAUAAAGACAGUAAUCUUUUUCCUCAACGUUAUUUUUCCUAGACUGUGAAAGUAGGAGGAGUAGAACAGGGAAAACCAUUCAAAUUAUUCAAUUAUAUCUCUCAAAAUAAAGACAGUAAUCUUUUUCCUUAAAGUUAUUUUUUUCUAGACUGUGAAAGUAGGUGGAGUUGAACAGGGAAAAUUAUUCAAAUGUAGAAAAAGUUGCUGGAAAGAAUUGUGCAGUUAAAUAUAUCAAGUUAGGUAGUUAAUCUUGAUAAGUGCCGAGCCAACUAUCCCUUUUAGAAAUAUGAUUUUAAUCCUAGCUUGAAAAAUUCAAGUCUCAUUUUGUCAACAUUUGAACAUAAUACAGAUGGGGCUUCUUUUCUCACUUGGUGUAAUUUGAGUUUUCAACGUCAACAGAUAAGUUAGGAAUUAUUUUUUAAUAAGUUGAGUAGAUUUUGUAGGUCUUUUUUUAAUCAAAUGCGCUUAAGGCUUUCUUGAUUUAGUUUCGAUAACAUAACAUAAUCUGUAGCGAGAGCGUGUAAAUAUAAAAUUCUCGGCCAUUAUUAUAUACAUCCUUAUGUGGAAUAUCAUAACUUUGUUUCGUGUUUUUAGUGUACAGUUACGAAUUAUGAAAUAAACAGUAUUUUGAAGGUUGUUGUAA